CUCAUUAACUGUGGGUCACGCUGACACAGGUCACUGCAACCACAACGCGCUCGUCCUCUCAUUGCUCUGUUUGGAUUGCAGUGACCGCAUGAUAACAAGCAAACACAAACGCAAUCUUCCCGGGAAGGAACAGGAUAAAACAACAACAAAAAAAGAUAGAAAUGCCACCAAACUGUGAGUGUCUGCCUCAAGAACUGAGGGAGGGAAGAGGAAUAGAGAGAGGGAGAAGAAAGGUCUUGAAGGGAAAGAGAUCAUGAUGAGACAGAACCUUGGCCGAUCCACUCGCUCCAUCUAUCUGGCUCUGGCGUGUUUGUCCCUCACUCUCCACCUCCUUCUGGCAUUUUUUUGUCUGUCUGUCCUCCAGACAGCCUGUGUCCUUCCCGCCUCAUCUUCUUCCUCCUCUUCAUCCAUGCCAAGGACUGAUACCCAGCACCAUCGGUCUGUCUCCCACUCCUCCUCUUCUUCAGAUGCCUCCUCCUCCUCCUCACAGAAAUUGCCAACCAGUCCCCAGAAUGACGAGCAUCACAAACUGAAUGCCAGCACAUUACACCUUAAAGGUAAAGACGACUUCAGUGCAACCAGUGAGAGGGAAAAGAAACUGAUCGGAACUGGACAAGUGAUUCAAAAGGUCAAGGGUCGUUCUAAGCUUGAGGCACUGUUCGAUCACCCGCUGUACAACCUGCCACACCCAGAGCUGCGAGAAGAUGAUUGGCUGCUGAGGGUGAAGACAAAUGAGGAUGCGAGCGAUACGGAAAGUGAGGAAGAAGAGAGGGAAGAUGACGUUAGUAAUGACAGUGAGUGGCAGAGCGCCAGUCAGGAAGAAGGCUAUGACAGAGUCGCUUGGACCAGCGACGUGGAGACCCACCCUCCUUGGCUGCGCUUUCACUUGGGCAUCUCUCGCUGGGAACUGUACAACAGGAAGGAUCCCAACCUGGCCCAGCUGACUCACUAUUUGGCAACGCAACGUAUCCACAGCGCUGUUCAGAAGACGGGCGGCACGCAGCUCAAACUGCUCAUAUCCUUCCCGAACUACGGACAGGCUCUGCUCAAACCCAUGAAACAGCCCAGAGAUGCAGAGACGGACUUAAACCUCUUCUACUUCUCAGACUUUGAAAGACACAACGCUGAGAUCGCUGCCUUCCACCUGGACAGACUGCUGGGCUUCAACAGGAUCCCCCCCGCGGUGGGUCGGCUCAUCAAUGUCACGGCAGAGAUCAGAGAGAUCACCACAGACCACAGGCUGUCCAGGACCUUCUUCACUUCCCCCGUGGGGAACGUGUGUUUCUACGGCCAGUGUGAGUAUUACUGUUCAACAGAGCACCCAGUUUGCGGUCGGCCACAUGCGCUGGAGGUUUCCCUGGCCGCCAUGCUACCUGACCUCACCCUCGCUCCCCGCAGGUCCUGGAGGUCGCCAUGGAGACGGUCCUACAGCCGCACCAAGCUGGCCCAGUGGGAGAAGGACCCGACCUACUGCGACACAGUCAAACAGACGCCUCCUUACGACCACGGCACCAGACUGGUGGAUCUCAUAGACAUGGCUGUGCUGGACUUCCUCAUGGGCAACAUGGACAGACAUCACUACGAGACGUUUGAGAAAUUUGGCAACGAGACUUUUCUGCUGCAUCUGGAUAACGGACGGGCGUUUGGGCGUCACUCUCGGGAUGAGCCGUCUAUCCUGGCUCCUUUACAACAGUGCUGCAGGAUUCAUCGCUCCACCCUCCUCCGCCUGCGUCUCUUGUCUCUCCCUGGCUUCCGCCUGAGUGACGUCAUGCGGGAGUCGCUGGCUCGGGAUCCUCUGGCAGGCGCGGUGGCCCCCUUCCUGUCCGAGCCACACCUCUCUGCUUUGGACCGACGCCUGGCGGCCGUCCUGCAGGUGGUGCGGACGUGUCAGGAUCAGCACGGUGACGUCAUUCACAACGACCUGGAGGGAUACGACGAAGAACACCAUCCGCAGCCUGACUGAGGAAGAAGAAAAGCUAUUGAUAAAGCAAUAAGUUAUAAAUCUGUAUCAUGUGCACAGUUACUUGAAUGAUGUACAAUAAUGGCAAAUUGUGCAUCAUAAUUUGUGGGUAAAAAAGAUUGUCGGUCUGUUUAUGUUUCUCUGAACGUGGCUCUGGUGACGUCAGGCCUGUUCUUAUGAACAAACAUGAAUAAAAUGGUUCAUAAAACAUCUGGAUCAGCUGCCCGUAUCAUAAAAAGACUGAAGGAGAUGAUCAACAGCUCGAUGAAACUAAACCUGAAGAUCCCCUUUCAGACAUUUGUUUCUCAUUGUGUUUUCUACCCAAA